GGAAGGAGGUGGAGAAUUCCUUUCUCACAUGUCGGACCCUGGAGCGCGUGGUCGUGCUCGGGCUGCGCGGCAACAGUAACCGCAUGGACCUGUGGCACGGUUAUUAAGAGUCGCGCGCCGCGGCGAAAUAACCCAGCGAGCGAAGAUGAACACGUUAAUCGCACACAUCAUGUAUUGUGCAGAAAUGGGUCCGUGAGUUACAACAACUUGAACGAGAGCACCUCCCUGAGUCCCUGGUGGUGGUGUUUAUGAAUGGUGGCGAAACGCAUCGCACUGUGUGGGGGUGAUCAGCUUGAGAGCAGGGGUUGGGGUGUGUGGGGGCCCCCAGCCCAGCGAAAAACGUGUAACGCUGUAGCAAAAGUGUCCAUCUGAUCUGUUUCGUGGAGCGCGAGGCUCAACCGACGCGCGCGUCUCCGACUCACUCACUCGUCUCGUGCCGGGGCUGCAGCGUGAUGGAGGUGAGUGUGAAAACGGAAGAGAGCGACGUGCGUAUCUCGGAGGUGGUGGCGCGUGGCUGCUGGAAAGCGGAGCCCGAUGAUGAUGAUGAUGGCCGCGUCGGGGCCGCGGUCAAGUGCGAGACGGACGACGAGCGUCACGCUCAUCAUGAUGGCGCUGCGAGCGUGAGCGCGGCCGCCUGUGCUGCGCUCAAGUCGGAGAACGUGGAGGAGUGCGACGUGAAACCGAAAGUAGAACCUCCGGAGUGCGCGAGGCCGCCCCCCCUUAAAGAAGCCUUCAGUAAAGGGCAGUGUCACGCGGGGAAGCUGGAGGGGCCGGACCCCGCGGAGAUCACCGUGGAGGUGGAUCGGGACCCGGGACCCGAACUGCGCGCGCACCACAAAAAAGUGAUUCCAAAGAUCUUCCACUGUGACAUCUGUAACAAGAACAUCAAAUACCUUUCGAGUUUUCAGGAGCACCAAAGAAUGCACAGCGGGGACCGGCCGUACGAGUGCCCUCAGUGCGAGAAGCGGUUCAUCCGAUGCGCGGACCUCAUCAAGCAUCGCCUGGUGCAUUCCAACGUGCGCCCGCACGCCUGCCCCGUCUGCGGAAAGUGCUUCAAGCUGCAGGCCGACGUCAACAAGCACCAGGCCGUGCACACGCCCAAGUACCCGUUCCGCUGCUCCUCCUGCGGGAAGGGCUUCAAGCGAGCGGCCUGCCGGAACAAGCACGAGCGCGUUCACUCUGCCGAGAGCCCUUUCCGUUGCCCCACGUGCGGCCGCUCCUUCAAAUGGGAGACCUCCCUCACGGAGCACCUGCGCACGCACAGCGGAGAGCGGCCCUACGUCUGCCCCGAGGAGGGCUGCGGCAAGAGCUUCGCCCACCGAUCCACCAUCGUGCAGCACCGCCGCACCCACCUCAACCAACGGCAGUUCCACUGCCGCCACUGCCACCGCGGCUUCAACCACCGCUCCAAUCUGGUGAAGCACGAGCGCACGUGCAGACGCAACAGCCAGCCCGACAAGGGAUCGGCCUGAUGGCGGUUUGCGUUGAGCGCGACCGCGGCGGCGGGGUGACGUUGAAAUGAAGGCCACGGGACGUGUCGUGUGUCCAAAGUAAACGAUACUCGCUGUUUUGAAGCUAUGAAAAAUAAAGCAUUUAGUUGUCCACAUUUCCACAAAA